UCCCCGGGCGGACUCACCUGGCCCAAAGGAGGAGCGGGGCGCGGGCAGGUGAGGCCGCGGCAGGUAAGCCCGCCCCGUGGCCCCGCCUCCCGGCCGCCUUCCUCUUUCUUCUGCCGGGCGAGCGACGGCGUCUCGGGCGGGUGGACGGGGCUGCCGGUCCGGUCAUGAAGUUGUUCCCGGAGCGGUGGGAAGCGCCGACGGGCCGGAGCCUGCCCGCAGAAGGGCCCCUCGGGCCGGGCGGGAAUGUCGCCGCCACGGAGCCCCCAGCUCAGCCCGCCGCCGCGCCUGGCCUCCCGGCGCUGGGCAGCGCUGCCCUCCCGGACGCGGCACCUCUGCCCGAGGGCCCCACGCCUCCCGUGCCCGGCGCGCCCCAGUCCCCGACGCCGCCUCCGGUCCCCGAGCCCAGCCCGCCGCGGCGGGAGACCUGGGGGGGCCGCUACGAGUUCCUCCUCUCCUGCCUCGGCUACUGCGUGGGGCUGGGCAACGUCUGGCGCUUCCCCUACCUCUGCUACCGCAACGGCGGAGGGGUGUUCCUGAUCCCGUAUGCCAUCAUGCUGCUCUUCACUGGGUUGCCCCUUUUCUUGAUGGAGCUGAGCCUUGGUCAGUACGGUGCUGCAGGGCCCAUCACCGUCUGGAAGUGCUGCCCCCUGUUGAAAGGGAUCGGGAUCGGGAUGCUGCUGGUCUCCUCGCUGGUCUCCCUCUACUACAAUGUCAUCCUUGCCUGGACCUUCUACUACUUGGGCAUGUCCUUGCAGAGCCCACUGCCCUGGUCCUGUGAUGCUCCACAGAAUGCCCACCUCUGCCAGCCUCAGAACGGAUCCUUGCGAAAUGCCUCUCGGGUCAGCGCCAGCGAAGCCUUCUGGAACAAACAGGUGCUUGGGGUGGUGCACAGCUCUGGCCUUGGCGACCCUGGCCCGGUGCGGUGGCCACUGGCUCUGUGCCUGCUGCUUGCGUGGCUGGUCAUCUUCCUGUGCAUGCUGAAGGGGAUCCACAGUUCAGGCAAGGUGGUGUACUUCACAGCUACUUUCCCAUACGUGGUCAUCGCUGUGCUGAUCAUCCGAGGAGCGACCCUGGAGGGCUCCAUCGAGGGAGUGCACUUUUACCUCUCUGCAGACUGGAGCCGCUUGCACAGUGCUCAAGUCUGGAAUGAUGCUGCCUCCCAAGUCUUCUACUCUCUGGGCAUUGGCUUUGGGGGUCUCCUGUCCAUGGCUUCCUACAACAAGUUUGAUAAUAACGUGAUCAGGGACACCCUGGUCAUCGCUAUUGGGAACUGCUGCACCAGCUUCUUUGCUGGCUUUGCCAUUUUCUCUGUCCUCGGCCACAUGGCUUGGCGAAAGAAGGUCCCUGUGGGGCAAGUGGCAGAUUCAGGUCCAGGCCUGGCUUUUGUAGCCUACCCAGAAGCCCUUGCUCUGCUGCCAGGAUCAGCCUUCUGGUCCAUCCUUUUCUUCCUGAUGCUCUUCACCCUCGGAGUGGACACUUUGUUUGGGAACAUGGAAGGCAUCACGAGGGCAGUGAUUGACGAGUUCCCGUCCCUGCGCGACUGGAGGCGUAAAGCCCUCUUCCUGGCUGCUCUCUGUUUUGCCUUCUACCUCCUGGGCCUCCUGUUGAUUACUGAGGGCGGCAUUUAUUGGUUCACCCUCAUCGAUGCUUACAGCACAAGUUUUGGCCUCAUCAUCAUUGCCCUCUUCAUGUGCCUCGGAGUUACCUUCUUCUACGGUGUGAACCAGUUCUGCCAAGACAUUGUGGACAUGAUCUGCCAUUGUCCGCCCUGGUGCAGCCAGUUGGUGGUUUACUUUAAAGCCUGUUGGGUGAUCUUCACGCCAGGACUGCUGCUGUUCAUCCUCUUCUACAUCUUCCUGGAUCUCUCCAGCACAACUUUGCGUUACGGCACGUAUGAAUAUCCCCGCUGGGCAGAGGCCCUGGGGGUGUGCAUGGGAGUUGUGACCUGCAUCCAGAUCCCCCUUUGGGCAGCCGUUGCCCUCUUCAGGGAGUCUGGGACACUGGCAGAUCGGUUCAGGAAAGCCAUCCGUCCUCUGAACUCCUGGAGAACUGCAACCGGCCGUGAUGUGGCCCACGAGGUCAUUGAUGCGCCAUACACUGUGAACCUGACUGACAACGACUUCACGGGGGGCUGGCAGCUGCCAGAUAGCAGCGAAGCCUGAUUCUGUGGGUCAACAGAGAGGGGCAACUCAUCACAGGGUGGGGCUGGCCAUCUUUCCCAAAAUCAGCCUCCCUCCUCUACUCUCAGUGGGCAGGGGAUGGCCUGCUAGGAGAGGCUGUCAUAAAGGGGCUAUGCUCCAUGAGGAAGACAUGAUACUAUUUGAGAGAGGGCCAAACUGUUUUUUACAAGGGUCAUCUACUUCUGUGUAGACUUUUUAUAUAUAUAUUUAAUUGGGGGAGGCUUGUGCUGGUAGAGUCCUGCCUUGGCACUGUUGGUGCCACCUACCACUCUGGCCAGCUGGCUAUGCUGGGCUUGAGACCAUUGCAGGCUUGGUCUCCAAGAGCUUCUUUGACUCGACUGAUGUUAGGAAGGAGUCGCUAUAAUUGUAGCCAGUUCUGGCCUCUCUCUGUGGACCUGGUUCCAACCCACGGAAGUCCCAGCCGGUCUUCCAGUAUUGGCCAAAGGUUUCUCCUGGCCUUUUUUGCACACUUGAUGCUCCAUAGAAGACAGCCCUUGUCCAGUAACCUGCUGGAGUAGAAGGGACCCCUCCCACACUGUCUCUGGGCUACUUCCUCAGUUUCCCCUUGGGGUAACUUAGUCAUUUGCUAAAUGUACCAUUUUGUGCCUCCCCAUCAUUCUUCCUUGCUCAAGAGGCAGGUUCAAACAAGCAGUUUCAUCCCCCCCCCCCGUUUUUCUGCAAUUGGUAUCUGUUGACAAGCCAGUGCCCUACGCAGAGUCUGGUUCAGCGGUGAACUUGACUGUGGCGUUCUUUGGGGUGUACGUCUCUUUCAGACCACCUAGUUCCUCAGAAUUCCUGCAAAAUCAAUAGAAUGUCUGCAUGCAAGCCAGGAUGGAUGAGGAGCCUUUCCCUGCUGUAAGGAAGGGGGACCUUGUGACCUCUCUGUGUGAUCCGGGACUAAACUGGCAUUAGUAGUGACCGAUGGCAGCCAGAGCCCAGCACUUCCUGAAUGGCAACGGAGGCCCCAGGAUUAAAGAUGUGGGAGGCAGAAAGUUGGUCUCUGCAGCUUUCAUGACAGAGCUGCCAGGGCAGCUUCUCCAUCCUUAAUCUCCUGCCAGGGCGGUCCCAUUGUCUGCUGUCGGAGGAGCCCGGAGGAGCCCUCUAAUUAACUAAAGGACACUAAAGUUGGCUCCCAGCGGGAGUGCUGCAGACCCUACAAGUGAAUCCUGAGCUAUUAGCUCUGCUGUAAAAAUAUUUCCUAUUCAGACGCCAGCAUCUCGCUCUUCACGUCUUGGCCACAAAAUCAGGUGGUUCUAAUGAGAAGAAAUAAAGGGAGGGGGCCUUGCAGCUGAUAUCCCUUUGCAGACUAGAUGUGGACCUCUGGCCUGUGGUAAAGGAGCAUCCCACAGAAUAAACUUCUUGGGUUCUCUGCAAGCGGUUUGAUAAACUUGAUUUUUUAUGGCACUAGUGUGUGGCUAUCUCCUCCCCCACUCAAAGCAAGGAGUGAUGGAGACUACUGCUGCUGUUCACUGGAGGUGCCACCAGCACCAGCCCGCCUUUCAUCCCAUCACAUGGGGGGGGGGGAGCUGCUGCCUGGAAGCUACAGGUGCAAGGCAGUCUUCCGGUGCUCUCCGCAGAGGCCACGUUGCCCCACAGCCCUCCCUCUGGGAAAGGCACCAACAUAGCCACACAACCUAUUAAAAUGACCCACAUGCUUUA